CUAAUUCAUCCAUAAGUUAGCUCAAUAUCCAAAAUUUCUUUCAAGAAUUUCAGAAUUAAUUCUCAAAAUAGUUAAGCAUGUUAGAAGGUAAAGCUGUAAUUGAUGAGACUGAUAUGCUUGAAACGAUGCAACAAGAUGCAGUUCAUCUUGCUUCCAAAGCAUUAGAUUUCUUUGAUGUUACUCAAGCUACUGAAAUUGCUCGUUUUAUUAAAAUGGAAUUUGAUAGGACGUAUGGAGGAGGAUGGCAAUGCAUAGUAGGAACUAAUUUUGGGUCAUUUGUGACUCAUUGCUCCGGCAGUUUUAUUUAUUUCCAAGUUGCAAUCGGCCGGUCCUUUUCAUUUUUUAAUCUUAUGAUAAAAUAUACUCCGGCGAUAGCACGAAAGACUUUGAGAACAUUAAAAGUCCGCACAAUGAUGCCCUGGCAGUGACGAUGAUUGUGGAAAAUUAAAACAUGGAAGAAUUUUAAUAGAUGAACGAAGCACAAUAAACUUUAUGAUUAAAAAGGCUUAUGAAGGUCUUAGAAAAGAAACUUGCGAGAUUACACUGAGACACAAUCCCGCUCUCGAGGUUCGAGGGACCAUGUAUCAUCCCGAUAAGGAUAAUAUCUCUAAAGAUAAGCAUCGGAACCGUUUAUCGGUUUUUAAUUUAUUUAAUUUUUUUAUAAAAUUUAUAAAACUAA